AUGGCAGACACGGCAAAGACGUCGUCGCAGCGCCCGCAGCUCACCAGCAGCAUGCGGAGCAGCUCGUACCUCAGCGACCACCAGCAGUAUCGCCCGCCGCAGCACCGCAUCCCCGAGGCCCAUCACGGCAUCGACACCGUCGUCGAGGACUCGUCGCCGUCCAAGUCGCCCAAGCUGCCCUUCAAUGGCGUGCCGUCGCCCGAGCACCCGCCCAUCAUCGUCGACAGCGGCGUCUCGCACAGCUACUCGCACCCCAACUGCGCGCCGCCUGCUGGCCGCCGCUCCGACAGGCUCAUCGCCACGCUCUUCUACAAGGGAUCCGACCGCAAUGCGCCGCCCAGGAGCUCUUCCGGGGGCCUCAGCAGGUCGCGAUCGCCCGCCAAGUCCGGGCUGGCCGACAGCACCGAGUCUCUGCCCCCCAACAUGGCGCCGACGACCAGCAUGGACGAGUUCCCUCUUGAGCCUCCCACGCAGGAGUCGGAGCAGCUCGACCACCUCUACGGCUCCUACGUCUCGCCGCUGUGCAUCACGUCCUUCCUCCACCUCAUGUCGACGUUCCCCCUGCCUGACGGCGCCGAGGAGCCGCACUCGUCGCAUCGCUGUCUGGAUAACCAGGAGAGCCCCCGGGUCGUUGAACUGACGCUGACACCCGCUCCGUCGCCCAGCUAUCUCAGCCUGGACGACCUGCGGAAACACGAGCUCAUCUACAGAUUUGAGCAGGAGUGGAAUGUCGAUGUGGCUCUGCAGAGGGAUGUCCUGUGGAGGAAGCACCCCAGACUGGUUGUCUUUGACAUGGACAGCACCCUCAUCACACAAGAGGUCAUUGAUCUGCUGGCCGAGACCAUCAAAGACCCGCCGGAUCUUGCUGAGCGUGUGGCUGGAAUUACGCAUCGCGCCAUGAUGGGCGAGCUCAACUUUGAGUCGUCGUUCCGCGAGAGAGUCGCGCUUCUCAAGGGCCUGCCGGCAACCCUCUUUGAGGAUCUUCGGCCGGUCCUCGACGUCACCAACGGCGUGCGGGAUCUGCUCAAGGCGCUGAAACGCCUCGGCGUCAAGACGGCUGUUCUCUCCGGAGGCUUUUUGCCGCUGACGGGAUGGUUGGCCAAGGAGCUCGGCAUCGACCAUGCGCACGCCAACGAAGUGGUGAUCGAAGGCGGCAAGCUCACGGGCCAAGUGAAGGGUAUCAUUGUCGGAAAGGAGCGCAAGCGCGACCUCCUCGUCGAAAUUGCGCAAAAGGAGGGCAUCGACUUGUCCCAGGUCAUUGCCGUGGGAGACGGCGCCAACGACCUCCUGAUGAUGGAAAAGGCCGGCCUGGGCGUGGCAUGGAAUGCGAAGCCGACGGUGCAGAUGGAGGCGGGAGCGCGACUGAACGGCCAGAGCAUGCUGGACUUGCUCUACCUGUUUGGAUUCACGGGCGAAGAGGUAGAUUUGCUGAUCUCUUAG